UCCAAAACCCCGGCUCGUUAAACCUUACAUUGCAAUCUAGGGAGAGACGAAGCUGCUCUGUUUGCUGCCAUGGGAGGAGGAGAAGAAGAAUACGAAGAGGAAGCACCGGUGCUACAAUCGAAGCCCCGAGGCCGCCACAUAACGAAAAGAGCUCUCAAAAACAAAGCACUCUCCGUUUCUUUCAACGAGAAGGAUCUCAGGGAUUACGUUACUGGGUUUCACAAGAGGAAGAAGAAGCGAAGAAAGGAAGCCCAUAAGAAGCAAGAGCAGGCUGAACGACGCAAGCGUAUUGAACAGCGCAAAAAGAGAAAGUUAGAAAAAGAAUUUGCCCUAUAUGGGGGAGCACUUCCCAAGACAAGCUCGGGACCUGAUGGAAUUGAUGAGAACAACGAAGAUGAUGAACAAAGAGAGCCAAGUGCAUCAGUUUCUGGGACAACUAUGUAUGAUGGUGGAAACAUGACAGUCACUGUGAUUACUAGUGAGAUUUCUCGUGAGGAAGAAGAUUUCACUAGUGCAAAGACUCAAACUACGAUGCUCAGAUCAGUCGGAGAUAAAGUUGAUAAAAAACUCGCCUUAACUGUGAGCAAAAGUAAACCCUUCAAGAGAGUUGCUAAACACAGACCUAAGCCACCAAGUAAAAGAGAGAAAAAUAAGGGGAAGAAAAGGAGCAAGAACUCGCAUUUAAUCCUACAUCGGACAAAUUUUUCAGUAGACUUGGAUACUUGAUGUUAUUUUAUAUGGAAGGGUGUAACACAAGUUUUAACAGCCCGGAUGGAUUGGCGGUCUGGGAGUGACCCCUAUGUUGUCUCUAUCCCGUUUCUUCUCCUGCUGCCUAGUUUGAAGUUUGGUUCAAUGGGAAAACUCCCACUUGCAGUGUAUGAAUAUUUUCCCUUGUCCAUUUUGAGUUCAAAAAUUGAAGAGAUUUAUUUUUGUUCCA